AUGGCCGGUAAGCUUUCGUACACCAUCACUACACACAUUGCUAUCCGAUCACUUGAGAGUGGAAAGGCAACACCAGACGAACCCCGACGCUCCGGCCGAGCCACCAAAGGCCAACACAAGAACCUCGAACUGCCAGAUGAUCCCGCGAAAAAAGGCAAAAGCAAAAGCCCGAAAGAAAAGAGCGCGAAGUUGUCCGCCGAACCCACACCCGGUCCCAGUGAACCCGAGGGAGAUGAAGAAGAGAUCAUCCGAUGCAUCUGCGGUGAAUAUGAAGAGGAAGAGGAUGUGGAGCGCGACAUGAUCUGCUGUGAUCAAUGUUCAGCAUGGCAACACAAUGACUGUAUGGGCCUCACAUUCAUGAAAGGCCAAGAACCAGAUCAAUACUAUUGCGAAAAAUGUCGACCAGAGAACCACAGAAACCUCCUGGCAAAGAUCAACGCGGGCGAGAAACCCUGGGAAGAGCUUGCUGAGAAACGUCGUCAAGAGGCCGAGGAAAAGAAGUCCAAGCGGAAAAAGGGCAAGAAGGGAGGUCGCAAAGGAAGACCUAGUGAGAGCCGGACAGAUGCUAGCACACCAGCUCGCACUGCGCCGUCCACUACACCAGGCCCCAGCGGUUCUCCUGCACCCGCUGUGUCCGCUGUGUCCGCCUCAGUCGAACCAGAGAAGAAUGGCCAUGCUGUUGAUUCUCGGCGAUCCAGCACUAACAAGCGCAAACUUGAAGAAACAGUGGAGGCAGAAAAUGGCCCCCAGGUCAAACAGCAACGUGUAUCCCCACAGCCUACCCCGGCAGCCAUCCCAGAGACAACUGCACCCCAAAUCAAGACAGCCACCAUCCCCGCCGCACCUGCCAUUGGAGCUUUGGAGGAGCUGAUGCCUGCUCGCAAGAGUGUGGCCACACACCUCAUCAAGUUGUUUGUAGACCAGAUUACUGCAGCCCUGAAAGCAGGCUCUUUUACCUUGCGUGCGAACCAAUCAGUGGAGGACAUGGCACAGCAACUGGCUCUAUCCAUUGAGGAUGCCAUGUAUGAGAGUAUCUGCGGGCGGUCAGGCGAGCCGAAUGAAUCAUAUAAGGCGCAAUUACGGUCGAUCAUGUUCAAUGUAAAGAAGAAUGCUUCUCUGCGAGAUCGUCUGCUCAUAGGUAGUCUCUCCCCUAAGUCGCUGUCUCAGAUGACAACGGGGGAGAUGGCCAGCAAAGAACUACAGCAGAAAGACGCUGAGAUCAAGCGCGAAGCAGACAGACAUCACACCAUUGUCCAGGAACAAGGUCCUCGGAUUCGACGCACCCAUAAAGGAGAAGAGUUGAUCGAGGAUGAACACCAUGGCGCGAACGAGUCCGUUUUCUCUCGUGGACCCCGGCGCGCUGCCGGCGAUGACGGCAGUCCAGCCCACAAAAGCCCGACCAGCCCCAUGGGGCCCCAUCAACCAAAGACAGAGACUGAUGGAUAUGUUCGGGGUCUAUCACCUGAAGGUGCUCAUCAUGACCACGUCUUCCCCGAAGUGGCUCCCGCCAUCUAUGAGCCACUACCUAGUGGCCGAGUCCAAGCAGAUGCUGAGAUCGAUCAGCUAUUACGCGACGAUGAACCUUAUUCACCUCCUUAUUCGCCCAAAGACUUCGACGAUGACGGCACUAUCUGGCGUGGCAAGGUAACGAUGCCUCCAAUUGGAGAGUUCUCCUCGUCCGCGAAGCAUGUGGGAGGCGCGGACUUAAGUGGCCGAAUCCCAUGGAGCCAGCUGGCGCCCUCCACGUUGGUUAUUGAUGGCCGUAUCGAUGUCAGACGGGCAACCGAUUAUCUAUGCGGCCUUCAAUUCAGCAAGUCUACCGAUGUGUCUGUGAUAGCAAUCAGCAGUCCUGAUCAGCCUGCGGAUCGAGCAGGCUUCGACAAGUUGUUUGACUACUUCCAUAGUCGUGGGCGUUAUGGCGUCAUUGGAAAGCACCCGCUGUCCGCCGUCAAAGACACCUAUAUUGUCCCAAUGGAGAUUGGCACCACGACGAUGCCUGAGUUCAUUGAGCUGCUGGAAAACAUCUCACUGGAGGGCCCCAUUACUCAGCGCAUGCUUCUUACUAUUUUCGUCGUUAAGACUGGGGAGUCCAACCCUUCAUCUGUCCAGCCGCCAUCCCACCAGGCUAGCCAGGAGCCACCUGUCUCUGCGAGCCCCACAGUUGCAGCAACUCCCCAACAGCCUCAGUUCAGCGCUGGAAUUGCACCAACUCCCCCUCUCACUUCGCAAGCCCAGGUCACUCCUCAACACCAGCCUGCUCUGACCGGCCUCCCCGCCGCGGUGCAAGUCCUCGGCCCGCAAGUUGAUGCUCCCGCCAUCCAGCAACUUCUCAAGACUGCACCUAACGUGGACAUCGCGCAGCUGAGUGUCGUUCGCGACAUUCUGGCCCGCCAACCUGCCGCCGCUGCUAAUUACGACACUUUGAUGCAAGCUCUAUUUGAGACCCAAGCAAACGGCCAUGUGCCCCAGCAGGGUGUGUAA